GGCAUAGCGAAAGAAAAUAUCAGUUGAAUCACAUCGGAAAGUUGAAUCACAUCGAAAAGUAACAAAGAAAGUUCCAGCCAAAAAUAAAUUAAUUUGAGUUGGAAAAACGAACCCGAAACGCAGCAAAAUAAAACGUUCGCUGCUUAGAAAAAAUAUCUCCAGCGUUGGUAGCUCAUUCGACUAUCCUGUUAGUCCUAAUUUCCAGUAUAACUUUUGAGUUUCCCCACUCAAGCGACUCAUCGAAUACUCAGCUCUUUCAGUACAUCCUCACCUGGGACAUGGAUCGUCCGACCAAGCCAGAAAUGGGAUUUCGUCGAGAAAGCUCGAUUCCGACGCCCAUUUUUGGGCCCAAAGAAGAACCCGAGGAGCCGCAGGAUUCACAAGAAGCCCAACCAAUUGGAUUCAGCUUAAAGAAAAGGGGUGGUUCAUUGACGAUCAGCCGCUGGAAGCCCAUUGACGACUUGGCUCUGAUGAUUGGCGUAGAGCAGACCAACGAUUUGUGCAUUGUGCACAGUGCCACGAAAUUCUCGUGCAACUUCACGCUGCAGGAGGUGCAGCAACGCUGGUGUGCGCUGCUGUACGCCCCGUGCCAGUCCCGUUUGGCCCUCACGGCCAUUGGGAAUCUGCACCCGGAGAUGGUGGAAUCGGUGCACAAGAAGGCGAUCUUCAGCAAGAGGGAGGAGGCUCUGCUGGCCACCUUCAAGUGCACCGACAGUCCCACGCUGGAGCAGUUCCAGGAGCUGCUCGACAAGCAUGCGGCCUGCUUUUGGCGCUCGCGCACCGCCAAGGACCUCAGCGCUCAUUGGCUGCUCAUGCAGAAGUAUUAUCUGCUGCCCGACCAGGUGAUUCCGCUCGAUGGACCGGAUCCCCAUCCGCCGAGCUUCUCCGAUGUCGAGGACGAUAUUUGUGAUGUGGAUCUGGAUGAGCAGCUGGACGAGGCCCUCGAAAAGGAGCUGGAGCUGCAGAAUCGCCGCAACAAGCGUUCCGUUCGCUUGCUGGAGAACGAAAUGUCCCGUCUGUCCGUCCUGGUGGACUCUGGCAUGGGACCGAAUGCGGCCAGCCAGGAGCUGGACAGCGAUACGCUUGCCUGCCUGUGCGGCCAGCAGGUGCGCUACAUGAUGCAGCACAACGAGAUCACAUUCGGCCGCGAUGCCACGGAUUUUUCGGUGGAUGUGGAUCUCUCGCUGGAGGGCCAUGCAGCGAAAAUCUCACGCCACCAGGGCACCAUCAAGCUGCGCAGCAACGGCGACUUCUUCAUCUCCAACGAGGGCAAGCGGGCCAUCUAUGUGAGUGGCAAGCCGCUGCUGCAGGGCCACAAGACGCGUCUGGCCCACAACAAUCUGCUGGAGAUUUGCGGUUUGCGUUUGAAUUUUUUGGUCAAUAGCAAUGCCAUCCAGGCCAUACGACUGGAGAGCUCCAAGCAUACGGAGGCAUUGAAGUAGAUUAAAGAGGAGUGCCCCACGGCUUCCACGGUUUCCCAAUUGCCACAACAAAUAUUUAAUAUAAUAUUUAU